GGGAGAGGAAAAAAGGGAGGGGGAGGAGAAGGAGCUGUAUAGAGGGAACGGGAGGGGUGGUAUACUGCUCCCUAUAGACUGCCAGAGAGCCGGGGCUCCUACACAGAGGGCAUACAGACCACAAGGAACAUAUAGCUGGCAAGGCGAGCGCCCGAGACACCGCUUUAUAUGGCUGCGGCUUAUGGGAGACAUGCACAUAUAGAUAUAUGAUAGACAUUAUCGCAAGGGUAUUACAGAGCUAUAUAUAUCCAUACAUCCAUUCACAUAGACGCUUAUAUGCACGCACUUAUGAAUCAGAUUAUAUAGGGCAUACUGUGUGGGGGCAGGGCUCCCUUACAUUCACAGUUAUAGGGCAGUCUUCCAUAGGGAUUGGCUAUAGACAGACGCUUAUAGAAAUCAGGGCUGCUGUAUUGGUAGAAAGCGUCCUUCAUUAGCUCCAUGCAUGAUGGUAUGUAUGCUUCAAUCUAUAGGUAGCCUUCAUGGGGUUGUCAGUAGCAAUGCCUGGGACAGAGAUGAGGAGACAGCUUUGAUUGGGCGCUGACAGGAGAGAGACAGCAGCAAGGCACAAAGAGAUAGAUUGGGGGGAGAGAGCGUGAGACACAAAGAGACACCACUACAUGAGUAGAGAGACCGCCCGGACGGGAGACGGGCUGGCACACUCGCCUAUGUCCACAGAGACAGCCGGGGUUAGCAGGACAGAGGGGUUGUCACCCCGAAGAGCCAGCAUGGGAGGCUGCGGGCAGAGACUGCUCCUCGCCACCCACUGAACACCCCGAGACAGACGACAAGAAACACCCAGUGGCACGGGGACUCGUCCAGGCUUGACGGGUCCCUCCUCAGUGGGGAGAGGUGGCGCUGUCCCGUGGAAGCCUCCCCGUGGCCCUCGUCAUGCCGUCCAACGCACGGGCCGGCAGCCUGAAGGACCCGGAGGUGGCAGAAUUAUUCUUCAAGGAUGACCCCGAGAAGCUGUUUGCUGACCUGCGAGAGAUCGGCCACGGCAGCUUCGGGGCGGUCUACUUCGCCCGGGAUAUCCGUAACAAUGAAGUUGUUGCCAUUAAGAAGAUGUCGUACAGCGGCAAACAAUCCAACGAGAAAUGGCAGGAUAUCAUAAAGGAGGUGAAGUUCCUGCAGAAGCUCCGGCACCCGAACACCAUAGAGUACAAAGGAUGCUACCUGCGCGAGCACACCGCCUGGCUGGUGAUGGAGUAUUGCCUGGGAUCUGCCUCCGACCUCCUGGAGGUGCACAAGAAACCCCUGCAGGAGGUGGAGAUUGCUGCUAUUACCCAUGGUGCACUGCAAGGCCUGGCCUACCUCCACACACACAACAUGAUCCACCGGCCUGGGGAGGAUGAUGAGGAGGAUGAGGGGGGGCAGGGAGACAGCUUCAGCCUGUGCAGCUCUGAGGGUGAGGAGGAGCCGGCAGGCUUGGCCCCCUCGGAGCGCACGGAGGCUGACGGCUGCCCAGACGCCGACGUGCCCUACUUUGAGUUGAGUUCAGAGUGGGCAGCAGAGCCGGAUACCCCUCCGCGGCCACCAGCCGCGCCGCUGCCCUCUUCCCUAGCUAGCCAUGGGCUUUGUGCUGCGCUCACGCUGCUGGCGGCCGCCCGCCCUUCCUGCCCUUGGUCUCUGCUGCCGCUGCUGGUGGCCUUGCUCACCCUGUGGAGGCCAGGGCCUCUCUUGGACUCUGCUCUGGUGGCUCUGGAGACCCUAGGGGCCAGCCUGUUGUGUGGCUACAUACUGCUGCGCUGGGUGUUGGCAUUCAGCUCUGCCUCCUUCGUUCUGCUGGCACAGAGCUGGGGGGCAGCGGCCGCGCUGGCCCUGAGCUACCGGCUGAGGUUAUACUACGUGCCGGUCCUGGCCAUCGCGGUGGGGGUGUUCACCUCCCCGGGCAUCUUCCUCUCGCUCUUCCUGUUAGCCGGCUCUCUGGGAAGGCCAGCGGGCCAGUGGCUUAAGGCUUGGCCCAAGCGAGCCCGCAAGCUGUGGCUCCGAGCCCUCUUGGGUUUGCCCCGGCCGCUGUUCAGGGUCCUGCAGCGUUGCGGGGCAGCGGGCGAGGGCGGCCUCUUCUACCUUUUCCCCAAAACGUACAAAGGUGGCUUUCGCAGCCGCAUUCCGGUGCUUGCUAGGAAUUCCCAGGCUGGCGGCGGGGGCCGCGCAUGGUGGGGGAGCAGGCUAGUUAAGGCACCCUCCCGGCUGGCCAGAAGGUUAAAUGGCGCCCUGACGCGGGGGGUCCGGAGGCUCUGUGGGGUGCUGCCCCCCGUGGCUCUGAUUUACUUAGAGAGACUGAAGCUGCUGAGGGCAGAGAAGCCGAGCCGGAUCCCCAGGCUGAUGACCAGAGAGCAGCGCAUGAGGGAGGCUUUAGAGCGCAGGGCCCAGCGCGGCGCCCCCAGCAGGGCCACAGCCAGACACGGCACGGCCAGGAGAUCCAACCCACCCGUGCCGUGGCGUUUUUACCCACUUGCCCCCGCACUUUUCUUCCUCCCCAUCCCUCAGUCGAAGGAGCUGCAGAUAAAGCGUCAGUUCCAGGACACGUGCAAGAUCCAGACGCGGCAGUACAAAGCCCUGCGCAACCACCUGCUGGAGACCACCCCGAAGAGCGAGCACAAGAGCAUCCUGAAGAGGCUGAAGGACGAGCAGACGCGCAAGCUGGCCAUCCUGGCGGAGCAGUACGACCACAGCAUCAACGAGAUGCUGUCCACGCAGGCCCUGCGUCUGGAUGAGACCCAGGAGGCCGAGUACCAGGAGCUGCGGAUCCAGCUGCAGAAAGAGCUGGAGCUUCUCAAUGCCUAUCAGAGCAAGAUCAAGAUCCACACGGAGGCGCAGCACGAGCGCGAGAUCAAGGAGCUGGAGCAGCGCGUGUCCAUCCGCCGGGCGCUGCUGGAACAAAGGAUAGAAGAGGAGAUGCUCUCCCUGCAGAGCGAGCGCUCCGAGCGGAUCAGAAGCCUCCUGGAGCGCCAAGCGCGGGAAAUCGAAGCCUUCGACUCAGAAAGCAUGCGCCUGGGAUUCAGCAACAUGGCGCUCAGCGGGAUCCCUGCGGAGGCCUUCAACCAGGGCUACCCCGCUCCUCCGCCCGGCUGGCCCUCCCGGCCCGUCCCCCGCAGCGGCUCGCAUUGGAGCCACGGGGUGCAAAACACAGGGGCCCCUCAGCUCUGGCGGCAGCCGACCCUGCUGGCCCCACCGUCGUCCUCCUGGAGCCUUCACCCGCCGGGCUCGUCUGCCAUGCCCUCCUCCUCCUCUUCUUCCUCCUCCUCCGCCUCCCCGUCUUCCUCUUCUAGCGGCCGCGCCGGCCUGCUGCUCCUGCGCAACAGCCCCCAGCCGCUGAGGAGAGGCGCGUCGGGGGGCCCGGCCGAAGCUGGCCUGAGCCGCAGCACGAGUGUCACCUCCCAGCUCUCCAACGGCUCCCACCUAUCUUACUCCUGAGCGCGGGGCCCCUAGGCAGCCAGAGGGCCGCUCCAUGGGACUCCCACCUGUUACAACACUGUUUUUAUUGCCCUCUCUGGUGUUUAUUAUACCCUCUAAUAACCAGUGUAUCGGAAUUUGGGUUUCCGUAGUCCCUCCUUUUAUUUCUCCCCGUUUCUCUUUGACCCUUUGCGUGCCGGAGGGUCUGCAUCGGCCCGGGGCGGCCGUCCUUCCUGCUGGCGCUGGGUGAUAUUCCUGUAAAUAGUCGUUUCGUCCCAGUUAUCUCGAUAUUGGUUCAUAGUUUUUUUUUUUUUUCUUCUUUGAGUUGGCGCCAUAUUUAACCCCGCGGUAGCCGUUACCCGCUGCGGUUAAACGGAUGGAUGUUAUUGGUUGAGCCGUUGUAUCAUUUUAACGAUGUUGUCCCUGGGGUUUCCGAUGAGCGCUUGUGAGUCCGUGUGCGUAUCGUGCGUGAGCGGCCGGGCGUCUGAGCACAAACCUUUUUUUUUUGUUUUGUUUUUAAUAGAUAAGAAAAAAAAUGUAAAAAAAAAAACUAUUAAGGAAUGUAUUGAAAAUAAAAAAAAAAAACUACUCAGUACCCCCACGGGGGACGUCCAGGGGCCGAGGGCCGAUAUUUUUUUUUUUUUUUUUGGAAGCGGGAAUGCGGAGCGGGGGCCACGGGCCCCUGGGACUUUACGAUUCGCAGACAAUGUUGGAUAUUAAAGGUUUAAACUGGAAUGGAGACACGUUGUUGUUCUUCGUGUAUACAUAAAAAAUAUUUUACAGUGAAAUC